AUGAUAAUCUUACUAAUAUGGAUCGUCGUGCUGGCUGCAGCGGUUACUCUGUACUUACGUCAGACGUACUCCAGGUUUAGUGACUAUGGAGUAAAACAUUUGAAGGUGGUACCGUUCUUUGGCAAUGUGAUGAAAGUUUUUCUUCGUCUGGAACAUUUUAGUGAGGACUUGACCAAAAAUUACCGCACCUUCUCGGACGAAAGGUAUAUUGGUAGAUAUGAGUUUUUAACACCAACUAUAUUGGUACGAGACCUAGACCUAGUGAAAAAAAUCACUAUAAAAGACUUUGAGUAUUUUCUGGACCACCGAGGUUUCACGGAUGAAGUGAUUGAUCCACUAUUCGGAAGAAACAUUUUUUCACUGAAAGGUCAGGAAUGGAAGGACAUGCGUUCAACAUUAAGCCCAGCGUUUACUAGCUCCAAGAUAAGGCUGAUGGUGCCCUUCAUGAAUGAAGCCGGCGAACAAAUGAUACAGACAUUGAAAAACAAGAUAAAAAAAUCCGGUGGAUGCUUAGACGUAGAGUGCAAAGAAUUGACGUCGCGUUACACUAACGAUGUGAUCGCAUCAUGCGCGUUUGGCCUCAAAGUGAACUCUCACAACGAUGACAAAAAUAUAUUUUAUGAAAUGGGUAAAAGCGUCUCCACUUUCAGACUUCGACAGAUGAUGCUCUUUUUUGCUGUAUCUGCUUGUCCAAGUCUUGUUCGGAAACUAAAACUGACGUUAUUUCCAAAACGAACUAAAGAUUUCUUUAUUGAUAUCGUGCAAAGAACAAUGAAGGAUAGAGAAGAUCAAAACAUUAUCAGACCAGAUAUUAUACAUUUACUGAUGGAGGCUAAGAAGGGAAAAUUAUCACAUGGUGAUACGGCAAGCCGUGACCGAGAUACUGGAUUUGCAACUGUCGAAGAAUCACUCAUUGGCAAGAAGAAAACAAGCAGAACAUGGUCAGACAUCGAUCUAAUUGCUCAAGCUGUUUUAUUCUUCAUCGCUGGCUUCGAACCGAUAUCAACAACAAUGUCCUUUGCUUUAUUGGAACUGGCAAAACACACUGAGAUUCAGGAGCGACUUGUAAAAGAGAUCAAAGAACACCAUGCUAAGAAUGGCGGAAAAAUUAACUUUAAUUCCAUACAGACUAUGGCCUUCUUGGAUAUGGUAGUUUCGGAAAUACUUCGACUGUGGCCACCAGCUGUAGGAACUGAAAGAGUUUGUGUUAGAAAUUAUAAUUUAGGGAAACCUAAUAACAAAGCAGAAAAAGAUUUUUUUAUACGAAAAGGUGAAAAUAUCUGGUUGCCGAUUUGGUGUUUCCAUCGCGAUCCAAAUUACUUUCCGAAUCCUGAAAAGUUUGACCCUGAACGUUUUUCUGAAAAAAAUAGACACAAAAUAAACACAAUGGCGUAUAUGCCUUUUGGUUUGGGCCCUAGAAAUUGUAUCGGUUCAAGGUUCGCUUUAUGUGAACUGAAGGUUCUGCUGUAUCAAAUUAUACUACACUUCGAAGUAUCUCCGUCAGAUAAAACUGUAUUUAAUGGAAAACUCGAUACCGAUUCAUUAAAUCCAAUUCACAAAAACGGAUAUUGGUUAAAAUUUAAAUGCCGCUAUAUGAUAAUAUUUCUUACGUGGACCGCAGUGCUGGUUGCGGUGCUGUUUCUAUACUUCCAUAAAACCUACUCCAGGUUUAGUGAAUAUGGAGUGAAGCAUACGAAGGUGGUGCCCUUGUUUGGAAAUAUGCUGAAUUUGUUAUUACGGAAGGAGCAUUUUACUGAUGCGUUAACUAAUGGUUACAAUACCUUUGCUGAAGAAAGAUUUGUCGGUACUUAUCAAUUUACAACGCCAAUAACAAUUAUACAAGACUUAGAAUUAGCGAAGAAAAUUGCAGUGAAAGACUUUGAGUAUUUCCUCGAUCGUCGGGGCUUCUCCGAUGAAUACGGGGAUCCUUUAUUCGGAAGAAAUCUUUUCUCACUAAAAGGACAGGAAUGGAAGGACAUGCGUUCGACUUUAAGUCCGGCAUUUACAAGCUCCAAAAUAAAGCUGAUGGUGCCUUUAAUGGAGGAAGUGGGCGAGCAGAUGAUAAGAGCACUGAAGAAGAAGAUCGAGACAGCUGAUGGCCACAUAGAUUUGGACUGCAAGGAUUUGACUUCACGUUACGCUAACGAUGUGAUCGCUUCCUGCGCAUUCGGUCUCAUAGUGGAUUCUCACACUAACGAGAAUAAUAAAUUUUAUGAAAUGGGCAAAAAAGCGUCUACUUUCAACUUUCGACAAAUUUUGAUAGCUCUUGCGAUGACUGUUUGUCCAACUGUAGUUAAGAAAUUAAAUAUAAGUUUCCUAUCAAAAGAAACAAAAGAUUUUUUUAUCGAUCUUGUACAAACUACAAUGAAGGAUAGAGAAACCCAUAAUAUAAUAAGACCAGAUAUGAUUCAUUUACUUAUGGAGGCUAAAAAGGGAAAUUUAUCACACGACGGCAAAGGAAGUGAUGAAUGUGAACGAGACACCGGAUUCGCAACUGUUGAAGAAUCUUCUGUUGGAAAGAAAACUAAUAAUAGAACGUGGUCUGAUAUCGACUUAAUAGCUCAAGCCAUCCUCUUCUUCAUUGCUGGUUUCGACACAGUAUCAGCUUCUAUGUGCUUUAUGCUGUACGAGCUGGCUCGUAACCCUGAAGUUCAAGAGCGAUUAGCGCAAGAGAUCAAAGAGCAUAAUAUUAAAAAUGGUGGAAAACUAACAUUCACUUCCAUCCAAAAUAUGUCUUAUAUGGAUAUGGUUGUUUCAGAAACACUUCGUCUGUGGUCGCCAGGUAUAGCAAUGGAAAGAAAGUGUGUCAAAGAUUAUAACUUAGGAAAACCCAAUAGCAAAGCUGAAAAAGAUUUUAUUAUUAAAAAAGGAGAGAUAGCAUGUAUACCAGCGUGGUGCUUCCAACGUGAUCCCAAAUUAUUUCCGAAUCCUGAAAAGUUUGAUCCUGAACGUUUUUCCGAAGAAAACAAACACAAUAUUAACACUGCGGCUUACAUACCUUUUGGCAUUGGUCCUAGGAAUUGUAUCGGUUCAAGGUUCGCUCUGUGCGAGAUGAAGGCUUUUGUGUACCACAUUUUACUGCAUUUUGAAAUAUAUCCUGGAGAAAAAACUACCCUUACUGGAGAACUUGACCGAAAUGCAUUUACGCUUACACUUAAAGGUGGACAUUGGCUGAGGUUUAAAUGCCGUAACUAAGUUACAUCGUGAUAGUGAUAUUUCAAACAUUAAUUUGCUAAAAUUAUAAAUAUAUAUACCUAUAUAAAAAAAGUAUUUUUUCUUUUGUUCCCUUUUUUGAUUGAAUUUACCUAAUUCAGCUAGGUAAAUAAGAUAAUAUCACAUAUAAGUGAUAUGCGCUACUUUGAA